ACUGCUCACUUUAUUUUUCCUCCUCUUCUUCCUCUUACCUCUCCGUCACGCCUCAAAACCUAAAAAAUGUCCUUCUUCCCGCUGGGGAUGGCUUAGUUGCGGGCCGCCCUCGGAAGUACCCAUUCGUUUUCCUUUCUGUGACCACAAGGGAUUCAAUCUCCGUUGCAACAAUAUUAAUAAAACAGUCCUACACCUUCCCAUGUCCGGAGCCUUUCUUGUCGAGAGCAUCGACUACCUAAACCAACGUAUAUCUAUCAGCGACCCUGACAACUGUUUGGCUAAGCGGCUUUUGACAUUCAACCUUUCAGGAUCUCCCUUCUCUUCUCCUUUCUAUACCGAACACACGUUCUUUACCUGUCCUGGUGACGUCGUCUUACCCUCCUCGUAUCGGUCCAUCCCUUGCCUAAGCAAUUCUACUUCCUCUUUCUACGCCACAACUAGUUAUGAGCAGGCAAGCAGCUCUGCGUUUCGUUCUUGCCAGAUUGUGAAGAGAUUAGAUGUUCCGGCUAGUUACAUCAACAGCGAGAGACUCUUGCUGGAGUGGCACUCGCCCAAUUGCACGAGCUAUGAGAUGGAUUACUUGAGAUGUGGAUUCAAGAACAAGGCCUCCCUCGAAGUCAAAUGCUUCGGUAAUGAACCUGCUUCUAAAAGAAACAGAGGAAAAGAAUCAAUAAUAGUAUGCGUGUCCAUAUUCGGAGGAGUCAUCUUAUUCUUUCUCUGUUUAACAUGUAUCGCUUGCCUCGUAGACAAGUGUAGCAAUGUCGAUGGUUCCGAUUCCCCGAGACAAGAGAUUGUGGAAUCAAGAGAGAUGAUCGGAAGGGCCACGAAUAGGGGCCUUGACCAGUGUACAAUAGAAACAUACAAGAAAAUGGAGUUGGGAGAAAGUAUAAAGCUUCCGGGGACAAAUGGAACUGCGUGUCUUAUUUGUUUAUCAGAGUAUGCGAGCAAAGAGACCGUACGGUUCAUACCAGAAUGUGACCACUGCUUCCACGUGGAAUGUAUUGAUGUGUGGCUCAAGAUUCAUGGUUCAUGCCCUAUUUGUCGGGACUCGCGCGCAUUAAGAUAG